GAAUUAACAUGUACGCCUAAUUAACACCCCGGAUUACCGCAAUUUGACCCCGAAUUGGCCGCUCGAAAUCUGCUCAGUAGUGACAUGCAGCACGUAUGGCUAAAUCCCACUUGCAUAGCACUACAUUUCCCAUGAUCCUUAUCUUCGUUCACAGUGUCUGUGAAGGAUCAUCGGCGUUACUCUGUAGUGCCUACAGGGGGAGUGAAGACCAUGGGAGGAGUGACAGCGUUAUUAUAAUCAUAUAAAUACCGAGGCAGCGCGUUCACUCAAUUUUAACAAGCACUGGAGCAAGGAGGGACGCUGGGACAUUUUCCAUAGAAUAAACAAUCCCUGGUGAAGGAGUAACACUUGAAGAAACUCAGUAAAAGGACACGCUGCCGCUUGGAUUAAUAGGAUGGUAAUUAGAGUUUACAUUGCCUCUUCGUCAGGUUCUGUUGUGAUCAAGAAGAGGCAGCAGGCGAUUGUGGGAUUUCUGGAGGCCAACCGGAUCACGUUCGAGGAGGUGGACAUCACCAUGCUGGAGGACCAGAGGCUCUGGAUGUACCGGAACAUUCCGGAGGACAAGCACCCGGAUAAGGGGAACCCCCUCCCCCCUCAGAUAUUUAACGGAGAGCAGUACUGUGGGGACUAUGAGGACUUCUUCCAGUCCAAGGAGAACAACACUGUGUUUGCGUUCCUCGGACUCCAGUCCCAGCCUGCCGUUAAGCAGGCGGAAUCAUAAGCUUGGAAGCUCCGAGCCCCCGAGCACUCUCCUAAGCCUAUCGACAUUCCUCCAUUACAUCACUUCCACUUCCUGUUAUACCGUGGAGCCACUGCAGCUUUGCCCAAUACCGCCACGCCCCCCACCCCCCACCCCCCCACCCUCCCACCACCACCGGAGAACAGAGGUUUACCAGGAGCAUGCGGACUCGUUCGUAGACGACCUUUGACCCCGGCGUAGGUAGCUGGGACGUUCACCCGCCCGCGCUGAGGCUCUUGCCGAAUCACGGCUGUCGCGAGGCCUGCGUUGGCGGAGGUUCGCGGUCAGCGGGGAUGGCGGUGGUUGAUGUGAGUCAUACGGGGGAGGAGCCACUAAUCUGCAGGAGAAUAGAGACCUCACAGAAAGAAAAAAAAAAACCUCCGUGGACUCGUUCACUCUCUCCACUUUAUCUACUACGUUUCUCUCCACAGGUUUAAAAAACAAAAAACAUACAAAAAAAAAAAAAUUUUAAACGCACAUUAAAUUACAAUUUCUCACGGAAUGGCACAGAACACCUGUUUUAAUAUUAAAUAGGAAAUAGGUUAUAUAUAUAUAUAUAUAAGCUUUGGCUUGUGCUGUUUUGUCUUUGAUGCUGUUAAAUUGCCAGCUUCAGGCCAAAGUACCCAUCUGAGCUGUGGAUUGGAGGAGGCUGUGAAAACACACUCCAGUAUUGUCUUGCCCUCGCAGUGGGGUGCCAUUCUGACAGAGAGACCCGUAGACCCUUCUCUUCCAGUUUGACCGAAAAAAGGGAGAAUCCCUGCUGUCCCCCGUGACCGUGUUUCGACCAGGUUUUAGCCUCUGCUAGAGGCAGCUGAAACUCCUGCUGCCACCGGCGUGAGGUGCUCUGCUAUUGCGGCCAUCUUUGUUCUCCUAUACGAGCUGUGUGAAAAGUCAAAUCCAGCAGGGUCAGAGAAGGAAUGGGUUUAAUCCUGAGCUGCCCUGACCCUGUUCCUGGAGAUCUAGCGUCCUGUAGGUCUCCACUGUGACCCUGACGAAGCACGCCUUAUUCCACAGUUAGAGAUCCCGCUGAGUUGCUAAAUGGUACAAUCAGGUGUGCCAAAAUUAGGGUUAAAACGAAAAGCUACAGGAACAUGGCUGGGCAGCCCUGGUUUAAUCACUGAUAGGUUCAGAUUCAUUGAAGAGGGAGAGUUCUGUAGGGAGAAAAUUAACACAUUGCACUUGUGAGUUAGUCUGUGAUUUCACAGCAGAAACGGCACAGAAACUGUCAGUUGAUGUUUAACUCGUCGAACUAUGCAUGGUUGGUUUCAAAUUUGUUUAAAGAAACUAGUUUAGGCUUGGAUUAAAUCCACUUUCGUCCUCAAAUCUCACAUUUAAAUGGAAGUGUUAGUAUUGUCUUGCACAAGGGAAGGCUGACAAUAAUCACCAAAAUAAACCAAGAAAAAAAGAAAAGAAAAAGAUAAUAGAAAAGGUUAAAAGGUGGAAUAAGGAGCAGUUUAUUUGUAAAUCAGAGGAGAGGUGUUAAUUGAACACAAGCCAGGCCAAAGGAAAUGAGGUUGCCAAGCCAUGGCGUUACUAUGUAUUUUUAUUCAGCGCGCACAACGUAGUGUUGACUGAGUGUUUACAACUUGUUUAAUAACUUUCAGUGGAGAGCUUAUGGAUGCACAAAGCCUUUAAAAAAAAAAAAAAAAAAUCUCAAUCAAUUGUUGACUGACAUGAGGAGGGUCACCAUGGAUACCGUGACAACCUCACAUUAGCGCAGCUGACAGAUUUUUAUUUGUGUUCCCUUUUCAUUGUUUAUCCCGCUUAUUAAACUGUUAUGGAUGGAUGGAUGACGUAUUAGUGUCAGCAUACGGACGUACACGAGCCAUUUCCUGCUUAACAUUCUCACAAGAAGAGGUCAGGUCCAGUGAUCACUGAAAAGUUAUUAUUAUUAUUAUUAUUAUUAUUAUUAUUAUUAUUAUUAUGUCAUUUAAAAAAAUAUUUGGCCUAAAUGUAGCGAAGUUUCACAAAGGUUGACUGUUUCUGUAUUAGUCGAAAUCUGACGUACACAUCUUGGAAAAUGGGUAAUGAUUCAGGGUACUUCCUCCUUGCAGCGCACAGCACAUUUUGCAUAUGGUUGCAUGUAACUGAGCUUCCCUUAAGUUACCCUUGACCACUACUCUUACAUAGUGUGCAUUACCAUGACACAUGUAGAGCUGUGCAAACAUAUCUGACUCUGUCUGAAACUUGUAUAUCGAUUUUCACCACUAUGUGUACAUAUACGGCAUAUGUAGGUGUAGAUUACUGUACAGGCAUAGAUUACUGUCGGCCUGUUUUGUUUUGUGUACAGUAUGGAUCAAAAGGACCAAAUAGCGUUUUCACAUUACAGUUUUCCCCCUAAUUGAGAACCAUGGCAUUGUAGUUAAAAUAUGAGUUGAAGGUAGUUUAGAACUUUUUCCAUCUCACUGGAAUAAUAAGUUUUCCUUUAACGCUCGAAUAGUACGUUUCAGCAGAAGUUCAUGUUGUGUUUCAAGGCUUGUACAACGCGAGACGGUCGUAGGCAGCUUGCAGGGAAAUGGCAGCACUUGCUGCAAUGAAUUUCUCAAAGAGGACGAAUCCUGUUCGCGUUUAGGGCCAACAAGAGAGCUUCAUUCACGAUCCAAAAUAUCAGUGCACGCGGAAGAUCCUCGCGCGCUUCAGCAGCGGUUAAGGCCAGCCCUGGACGUAGGCCUGAACUACAAUCGUGUUUUACUGACGGCUCCUGCAAGCCUACAGUACAGAAUAUGGCUUGACACGGGCUUUUGAUCGUCGUCGGGAUAUUAAAUGGAGACCAUCUUGCUCGCGUUGUUGUGUCUAGCCUGCCGUCGGCCUUCGCGAAGGUUUUAAGACUGCAGGAUUUACGAGGAUCACUGCGGCGGCGAAAGAGGCAGUCCACUCCAGAAACGAUUAAUGAACCGUGCCAUUAUAAACGCCACAAUUAUUGGAUAUCAUAACAAGUCAUUCGAACAGCAGGUCAUUAAUACUCUCGGGCAUUUGGAAAAACACACUUAACAGGUGACCGUUCAGUGAAAACCACAGCCUCCUACCCCACCCCGCCCCAUCCCACCUGUCUCCUGUGCACAAGACCAAAGACCAUAAUCAAGUCUUGCAGUGUACUCUCUACUAUUUCCAUUCUGUGUAUUGUACUAACAUGUAAUCUUCACAUUUAGAUGUAGCAAGGUCAAUAACACUGCUAGUAAUAAUAAUAACAAUCAAGUAUCUAAAAGUCUUUAUUGAUAAACUGUUUACUGGAAAGAGAGAAAUAAAAAGGAUUCAGUUCUUUGGUGUCGAUAUGAUGAUGUCUUAUUUAGCCUACUUGUACUAAAAAUGGACACGAGAUGAAUACAGGUAUUUGUGUGUGUACAAAAUAAAUAAUGAGCAGACAGAUUUUAUGGAGUAACAUGGUGUGCCUUAAUCAUCGCUUUGUUGUCGACUGUUGCUGAUGCAAUCUUUAAUCAGCGGUUCAGUGUUGUGACCACGGUAUUGCACGAGUGAUUUAAUUACCUGUUUAAGGGGACCAGAAAAUGUAGCAAUCGUUGUGUGUGAAAGUAUGUGUUAGAUAUAAUUGUACGUUCAAUCACUGUGAAGCCCACAGUAGCAUACAAAGUUGAAGUACGCCUACCAUGCUGUGUUGAGGUGUUAGUGUUCACUUGUCCAGGAAUGCCUUUGUAUGAAACGUAAAUAAAGCUGAGAAAUAAAUGACCCGAGAACUGCCCUGCAUGAAA